AUGGGUAUCCAGGGACUCGCUAGGCGUCUCGAACCCUACGCGACGCGGUUUUCCUCCGAACAGUUAGACGGCUAUUCUGCCGUGAUAGACGGCCCUGCGCUCGCCUACUACGCUCACAAAUUGGCUCUCGCUUCGGCCGCUAGCGCAUCCAGAAUACCGUCCUAUGCAGACAUCGUUGCUGAAGCGAUUCACUGGCUGGCCUCGUUGGAGAAUGCCAACAUCAAGGUGUCUGCCAUCUACUUCGAUGGAGCCCUUCCUACUUCAAAGCGAGCCGAGAGACUGUCCAGGACCGAGGCAAACAACAGACGAGUGCAGCAAUUUCGCAACAACUAUGCCACUGUUUCUUGCCCUAUACCCACAUAUCUAGGCUCGAUAUCAUAUGCCUUUCUUGCACCUGCACUACAAGAGGCGCUACUAGAUUCGCCCUUUGCCUCCAAGACCCAAACCGUACCUGGCGAAGCCGACGACUGGUGCGCAUUGCAUGCUAAGGAGAAUGCGCGAUCUAUCAUCUUUACCAGCGACACGGAUCUUGUCCUUUACAACUACAGCAUAGAUACACUGAUAGUGUUUCUCCACGAUGCUGACGUAUCCGCCGGCAUCAAGGCGUAUUCACCGAAUGAUAUCCGGAAGCAGUUACAGGUGACGAGCCUGGUAGCGUUCGCGUAUGCUCUCCUUGAGGGCCCACAAGACAGUGUGAAGCUUCUAGCCCACCAAGCCCAGGGCAUAGACCAGAGUUCCGAACUAUACAUCAAUUUCGCCAGGCGAUACGUGGCAAAGGUUGUCAAUCCCAGCUAUAUGUCUGGAGAGAGCAACUCUCCACUCGCUCUACCUCAAUUAGAUGUACGAGUGUCCGAAUUCGUCCAUCAAGCCCUCAAUGGGCUGGAAACCCCGUUUGUAUACAUGCCUUUACUGCUUGAGGACCCCAAUCAAGCAUCAGCAUGGAAUGUGGGAUACGAUAUUCGUACAUUAGCAUACUCGCUACUCGCGCCCAAGCAAGACCCGAUUAUACAUGAGUACAGAAGAAAAGCCCAAAGCAUCACCGUCCAAGAGGUAUCCACGUAUUCGUCCACAAACCUCCCAUCACCAGUAAAGGAUCUAGAGCGACAGAUGCGCACUUUAACAGAAUGGGCUGCCGCAAAAUCCGUUAGAUCAGACCUUGCAUGGCCGCUAUUUGCACUCAGCCUGGUUCUUGCCGAGCUCAACACGCCUCCGGCCGUCGCCUUGGUUCAGCGCGUCUUGAACGGUGACUUUGACAAUAGCUGGGCUUUUGUGCACCUCACUGCGCGCAUGCACGCUGCUCUCUACUCCCUACGCAUGCUGAGUCAGGUCAUCAAAGUCUGGCUUACACUGAAUACAGCGCUGGAUACUAAAUUAUAUACUACCCUCUCCACCCUUUCCACUCACAUGACUGACUUUCCCUCAAUACCACGCUCACUCGGCGUCCCGGGUCAGGCGAAGAGGAUUGUGGCAGAGCAUGAUAAACUGAAGGGUUGGAUUGAAGAGAUAUAUGCGUCCGCUGGUGUGGAGGUGCAGAGGGAGGAAGUGUCCAAUAAGAAGAAGAAGAGGCAGGCGAGAGAGGCGGAGAGAAAGAAGAAGAAGGCUGAGACGAGGUUGCAGGGGAAUGGGCAGGGGAAGAGGAUUGUUCAGAGUGGUUUUGGGGUGUUGAGUGAUGGGUGA